GAUUGAUUUGCUUGAUUUGAUUUUUUUUCCAUGAAUCAUGCUCUACUUGCUACUUGUUGGUGGCAUCAUCAUAUUUUACUCAUUCAUCCCAGUUGCUUUCUCAUCGAUCUUGUACAGAGGACUCAAAAAAUUUUUUGCAAUUAAUUUUUGUGCUAAGUUUGGUCUAUAACUGAGACCGAACCGAACUAGCCGAAGACCGAAAUGCUCGGUCUUGAGUUUUCUUGAAGACCGAUCGGUCUUGUGAUUCUAAAGACCAAAUUUUUCAAACACCAAAUAACCGAACCGAAUUUUUCGGUUAGACUGAAUGACCACCCAUACCACCAUACGCCAGAGGCAUGAUGUCAUCCGCGCCCAAUUCGAGGCCAAGGGCUACGUCGACGUCCUGGCGAGGCCUCCGACGACUCUGACACUGACCAGGAGAUGCAUCCGCUGUAAUUACUAUAGACGCUGACAAACUCCACUUUACUUGAGCAAGUUUAAUAGUAUAGCCAACUAUUAGCUCUAAAUCAUAUAUAGCCAAUUUAUACAAUAGUUGCUUACUAUAUUAUUAAUACCUGACCCUGUCUAUCAUACACACAUUAUGUUUUAGAGUUCGUGCUGUAGCUGGCUAUAGAUCUGUAGCCCGUUGCUUUUUUCUCUUUUUCUUUAUCUUUUUAAAAUAUGUUUAUAGCUGGCUUAUAGUCUGUUAUUGUACCUGUUCAAAUUCACUAGUAUAUUACUAUAGACGCUCUUGACGAUGCUGGUUACAUAAUGUCUCGUUGAUCUGCAUGUACAUUUGACUGGAUUACUGAAUUCAACUUGUUAAGUGGAAUUAAAAAAGUUACGAGGCCUGGUUUAGGUAGCAAUUGAAAGGUGACGAGAUAAAGCAGCGGCAUACUAUUAUAUGUGCUUUCAUGAUGCUCUUCUCUUCUUUUCUUCCUUUCUUUCUUUUUUCCCCAUCCAUGACAAAGUGCGGCCAUCUCAAAUCCUGGAAUAAAACAUAUCCUGGAAAUCAUGGAAACAAGGCUUUUAAGUUGUUGUGUUGGGCCCUGCAGGGCAACAAGAACCAUAUGGAUAUGUUGGUCGACUAGUUGAUUUUGUACCCAGGAAGGCUCUUGAAGCUGCAAAUUUCUGCUUUUGAAACCCUGCAGAAAGAUGAUGAUCAGACACUGUUUGCAAAGCCGCAAUAUAGGAACCUUAAUUUAACACCUUUUGCACUGUGGCCGCUCGGGAGGCUAAAGAGUGAGGUCCUAGCUGCCUAAACUAGGAACAUUCCAUAUCUGCAUAAUUGAAGCUUGGUGAUUUUCCUUCCUAGCCAAAAGUGAUUCCCUCUCAGCCUGUCGAGUUCGUGGGCAUCGCAUCGCAUCGAUCUCCCUCUGGAUCUGGGACGUGUUUGUUUCGACUGCCUCCAGAUCACAUCUCUUGUUUGUUCGUACAGAGAAUAUAUUUUGCCUGAUUCUUACACCAACUAGGCACUAGUUUCCCUUUGGUAGUUUAAGCUGAAUGUUUUUGCAAAUUUGACGCUGCUCAAGUGUGAAAGAGGCCCCUGGUUGCUGUAAGCAGGUCAAUUUUUAACUGCUAUAUAUCGCCAUGAAAGAGGCGAGGUAGUGCAGCAAUAGGUAGCUAUCAAAUUACGACUAAAUCAAUAAAGUAGAUUAGCACAUGAUUAAUUAAAAAUCAGCUGCUUGUUUGCUUCAGACUGAAAAAUAGAUUUUUUUUAAAUAUAUAUAUAUAUAGUUUUCAUUAAAAAACCACAGUCUAAUGAUUUGGAAAGCUUGUAAAUGAAAAAUGAGAAAGUAACUUUUUCUAUAAGCUGAAAAAACGGUGCCCUGAGCCGAUAUUGGUUUCAGUCCUGUAAUAUGCAGUGCAAAACAGAUUAAUUAAGAAUUUAAGAUCUAUCACUGCAGUGCAUUUUUUUAAAUGCAAGGAAUAUGUCAUGGCCAUGAUCAAAACAAAGUCUAGUCUCUUUGAUCUCUCUAUUGGUACCAAAGCGCAAUGAGAUCCAGAAGAGCAGGAGUAAAGGAGAGGUUAGCUGGUCUGGUCUGGUCCAAAUGAGACUGUCCUAGUAGAGACAUGAUCGCGCAUUUCUUUCUUUAUGUGAUUCCUGUGCGUCCCAAGGGCCAACAUUAAUUCUGAUCGUUCAUUUUGCACCCGACAAUAAUCUAGUACUACCAGCAUAGAGUACUUAAUUAGUUGUAGCAGCAAAAAAAGUUCACUAUAUUACUACCUCUAAUCCCAAAAUAAGUUAACUUAGUAUGAAAUGUGAGUUAACCUAAUACGAGAUUCUAGAUUCUUAGUAAUUUUAAGAUGGAAGGAGUACAUCAUUCACAAGUUCAUGGAGGUGCUCCCUCCGGUUCCAUAUUAAUUGACGUUUUAGAUAAGGUUGAGAUCAAACUUUUAUAACUUUGACUAUCAAUAACUUUAAAAAUAUUUAGUUUAAAGGAACUAGAACAAUAUAUAUAUAUUUGUCUUUCAAAGCACUAUAAUAAAAAAAGUAAACAUGUAUUUAUUUAUUAUAUAUAUUAUAAUAGAAAAAUAAGGUCAAAAAUAUAUUUUGUAGACCGUGUCGUUGUCCAAAAUGUCAAUUAAAAUGAAACUAGAGGGAGUAGUCUUUAGUGAAGAGCAGAGAGAGCACAUAUAGGGCCAUGUUUAGUUCACCCCCAACUACCCCAAACUUCCAACUUUCCAUCACAUCACAUCACAUCAAAAACUUUCCUACACACAUAAACUUUCAACUUUUUUUUUUCAAACUCCCAACUUUUCCCAAACUUCCAACUUUUUUUUCAAACUCCCAACUCUCCCCAAACUUCUAACUUUUUUCAGGAACUAAACACACCCUAGAUUGUUUUUGAGGUUGGAGUUGUAUUUUGUUUGAAUUAACAUGCUGAUUAUAUACAUUUGCGAUCGUGUGAGUAAUCCAACACAGUCCAAGCCAACCCAGCCAGAGGGAGUAUUGAAGUAUUUUAUACAUGUGAACACGUGUGUGUAGCGCAGAUCUACGGACAGUAUAUUUGUUGGAUUAUCUAUGUACUGUAGCAUGCAAUAGAAAAGCGCCUUUGUUAUUUAAAUGGUGAUGAAAUCAUGGCACGAAUCACGCAAAGUGGUUUGAUUGACAAUUGGAGUAGUAGGUUAAGAGGAAGUUCAGUAGUAUAGCCAACUACUGGCUUCAAUUCAUCUAUAGUCAAUCUAAUAGCUCAUUUAUAUAAUAGUUACAUACUACACUAUUAAUAUCUCGGAUUCCACCUAUCAUUCACACACUGUAUCUUGGAAUCAGUGCUACAGCUAGCUACAAAUUUGUAGCCUGCUGCCAUUCUCUCUCCUUAUUUAUCUUCUUAAAAUAUGUUUGCAGCUGACUUAUAGCCUGCUAUUAUAUCUGCUCUAAUGCCAACAGGUAGCUGCUACCGACCGACUGACUGAGAGCUGACUCAAAUUAACCUUGAACCAAGCAAAGUAAAUCAACCAGGGGUUAAUUUAGUUUAGUUUAUUACUAUAGAUUGCUGACGAAUCUAUCUGGAAUAGUACAAAGUUUUUGGAUGUGCGUGCGCAAGCCCAUAUUUGUUUGGUCGAUGAUGAGAAGAAGAAAGCAUGUGCACAUGAGGAUCAGCAUGUUGAUGCUGUGGGCGUGCAACGCAUGGCAGCGAGUAAAAUGACCGAGAUUGAAAUUGCAGUGAAAUAUACUAGGAUUUAUUGGUUUCACCAGGAGUAGUAGUAGUAGUAGGAAAACCGAUAAAUCCUUCCUUGGGUUGAUGGAUGGGCGACGAGCUGGCACAUGGAGGGAGGAGGGCCUACGUUCGUACGGUGGGGACUAGUCCUUUGGGCGCCUGCAGUUUCACGAGACGAGUCCCGGGGCUCCCGACUCCAUUUUCCCAGCUGAUGGUCGAACUGUUAAAGCAAGUUUAAUACUCCCACUGGUACAGAAUAUAAUCAUUUUUAGUGCUAGACACGGUUAUUAAAAAAAUAGAUAGAAUUAAAUAGGGGAGGAUUAUUAUUGGAUGAGAAGUGAAGGUAGGUGAAAAAUUUGAAUGGUGAAGGGUUAUGAUUAGUUAAAAAAAAAGAAUAUUGGUGUAAAAGUUAUUAUAUUUUGGGACGGAGGGAGUAGUAGUUUAAUAUUAUAACCCACUACUAGCUCCAAUACAUCUAUAGCUAAUUUAAUAGCCAAUUCAUAUAAUAGUUGCUUACUAUAUUAUUAAUAUAUUGUCCCACCUGUCAUACACACAAUUGCGUCUUGGAAUCCGCGCUGCAACUGGCUACAUUAUCUGUAGCCCGCUGCUCUUUUCUCUCAUCUUUUAUCUCAUUAAAAUAUGUUUAUAGCUGGCUAAUAGUCUACUAUUGUACCUACUCUUAAUCCCUCUAUCUGUUAGUAGAUACUCCAUCCAUCCCAUAAAAGACCAACCUAAUAUCACAUCCGGUACUAGAUUGGUCUUUUAUGGGGACGGAGGGAGUAGAGUUAAAUAACUUUUACUCCUUAUAACCGAUCCAGGUAUAAUGUUGGUUUUGGAGUAUUUAAGAUGUGCUGCUGCAAAUGGUGAAUGGUGUGUAUUACUAAGGGCACCCACAAUAGUUAUCUAUAGGCUCUAUACAAGAGAUUCAUGUCAGCAUAUUUUUCUACUUGGAAUAAAUUAAAUGAAGAGAGAGAGAGCAAAGCUAUCUACUAACCUGGAGAUAGUCUAUAGAGAAAAACGAGGCAAUGGAUUAGAGAGCUAUAGAUACCCAUGUAGAUAUACUAUUGAGUUGGUUUACUAUUAAUCUAGUUUAUUGCUGAGAUAUACAUAUUUUAUAUGGAGAGCACCUUAUUUUAUUAUUGCGAGUGCUCUAAUAGCUUGAUUAGCUUAGCUUAAGUAGACAAGCCACUUUAGAGGAACAAUGAAGAUCAGUGAGACAACGAAGGAGAGGGGAGUCAGGGGACACGAGAUUUCGAUUUCAUUGGAGAGAAAGAGACAUACAACGUCCAAAGCAAAGCAAAAAGGAGAAACAAACAAAAGCAAAAAAGAAGAAACUAGAGAGAGAGAGAGAGAGAGAGAGAGAGUUGUGGAAUCCAACCAACCAAUAUGCGCCGCUCCUCUUCACUCUCCAAGCAGAGCACAAGAACGCGCUUUGCUCAAUAACACACUCCCCUAGCUCCCCGAGGAUGCCUGCCCCUGCCUAGCUUAAUGUGGAACUAACUAGGAGUAUUAAUUAAUUCCUUCCACUAAUCACCCAUCAGCGCCAACCGGCGGCCACGGCCACCGUCCGCUCCGACGACGACGACAAGUUGCCACUGCUCACUGCUCACUGCUCUGGAAGGUGGUGAAGCAGGUGUCGCUCGGCUUCACUAUGAAGGGCCACCACCACCACCAUUCCUUGCCGCCGUCGCCGCCGCCCAAGCGCCGGUGUACCGCCCUGGCCGCGGCCGUCCCUGCGCUCGUCGUCUGCUCCAUCCUCCUGCCCCUCGUCUUCCUCCUGGGUCUCCACCGCCCCGCAGGGCAUGGAUCGGAGGAGCGCGCCGCGGUUGUCAUCAGCACUGAAAUGGGGUUUAGCAAGCACAAGCAUCUGGAUGGGAGGAUGAAGCACAAGCUACUCAAGGGGUAUUCACUCUACACUGUAAGCCAGGGCUUUGUUGCUAUUCUGGAUGUUUCUAGAAAGAAAAUUCCUGGAUCUGAUGGGAUUUUGGGUGAGAAAUCUGGUAGUAGAUCAAAGUCCAAGAAUGUUUCUACCAAAUCAAAAGAAAAGCUCAAGGGUGUUUUCUCUUUAGUUCAGCUAAAAAAUGAGACCAGAAAAAACAAAGUAUCCAAUGUUAUUUCAGAACUUCAUACACAAAGAAGAUACCAGUUAAAGGACUUAUCCUGGAGAUCAAAGGAUACUACUAUUGAUAAGAAAGAGAACCAAGAAGUCGAGCAUGAGGAGAACCCCAAAUCCUGUGAACUUGAAUAUGGUAUCUACUGUCUCUGGUCUGUUGAAUAUAAGGAAGUGAUGAAAGAUUUUAUUGUGAAGAGGCUUAAGGAUCAACUUUUUAUGGCAAGAGCUCACUAUCCUAGUAUUGCAAAGCUGAAGAACCAGGAAACAUUCACACGUGAACUGAAACAAAACAUCCAAGAGCAUGAACGCAUGCUCAGUGACACCAUUGCAGAUGCUGAUCUUCCACCAUUUUUUGCAAAGAAGCUAGAGAAAAUGGAGCACACAAUUGAAAGAGCCAAGUCUUGUGAAGUCGGCUGCACAAGUGUUGAACGGAAACUUAGGCAGCUACUUGAUAUAACUGAAGAUGAAGCUUAUUUCCAUACAAGGCAGAGUGCAUUUCUCUAUCAUCUUGGGGUACAAACUAUGCCAAAAACUCACCAUUGCUUGAACAUGAGAUUGACUGUAGAAUAUUUCAAAUCAACGUCUAUUCAUACGGUCCAGUCAAACAAGCAGAAACUUGAAGACCCCACCUUCCAUCACUAUGUGAUAUUCUCCAAGAAUGUGCUUGCAGUUUCGACUACAAUUAAUUCAACAGUUAUGAACUCCAAGGAUUCGGGUAGCAUUGUUUUCCAUUUGUUCACCGAUUCACAAAAUUUUUAUGCGAUGAAGCAUUGGUUUGACAGAAAUAUGUAUUUGGAAGCAACUGUACAUGUAACUGACAUUGAGGAUCACCAGAAGCUCUCUAAGGAUGUUGAUUUUCAUGAUAUGAAACUGUUACGACCUGCUGAGGAAUUCCGUGUCACGUUUCGUAAUCAUUCUCAAUCUUUCCAGAAGCAAAUGAAAACUGAGUACAUUUCUACUUUUGGCCAUUCACAUUUCCUCCUGCCUGACCUUCUUCCUAGCUUGAAUAGAGUUGUAGUUCUAGAUGAUGAUUUGAUUGUCCAGAAAGACUUGUCAUCUCUGUGGAACCUCAAUAUGGGUGGUAAAGUGGUGGGAGCUAUUCAGUUCUGUGAAGUUAAAUUAGGACAAUUGAAGGCUUACACCGAGGAACGUAAUUUUGACAACAAUUCAUGUGUGUGGUUAUCUGGUCUGAAUGUUGUUGAACUGAAAAAAUGGAGGGAUCUCCACAUUACCAGUCGGUAUGAACAAUUGCUUCAAAAGUUGCAAAAGGACAGUGUGACAUCAUUUCCACUUAAAGUACUUCCCAUAAGCUUACUUGUCUUUCAAGAUUUGAUAUAUCCUUUGGAAGAUUCAUGGGUCCAAUCAGGUCUUGGACAUGAUUAUGGAGUUAGUCAAACCGAUAUAAAAAGGUCUGUUACUCUACACUACAAUGGUGUCAUGAAACCUUGGCUUGAUUUGGGCAUACAUGAUUAUAAGGGCUACUGGAGGAAGUAUAUGACCAACGGGGAAAGGUUUAUGACAGAAUGCAAUAUACAUUAAUAACAGUAACAUGAGAUUCACCACAUUCUACAUUUCUGGGAUUUUGGAGCAACAGAACUUUCGGGAACAAAGAGGGUUAGAGUGAGAUAAAAUCUGAUGCAGCAUUAUAAUGAAUUGAGUAUAGUAAGGGUGGCAUGGUGGCACUACAUUAAUUCCAAAAUGGAGAUAGGAUGAAAUGUUUUUGUGCCAGAUUUUAAGCAAUACUUCAUAGUAGCUAAAGAUGGUAGCAGGCCACCAGCAUGAUACCUUUGAAGUAGAUCCCUGGUUAACAAUGGUGUAUGUUGAUUCCUUCACCUUUUACACGAUUUGGAUGGAUCUUCUUCACAUUUACCACUUUAGGAUUGCAAAAGUGCAGUUCCCUGGUGGUCAUUUUUUUCGUAUAAAUUCUUUCAUGUGUAUCUUUGCUCGUUGUAUAAGAGCUAUACUGUAUAACUUGGGUGUUGACUGGCAUGGCAUGUACAGAUGUAGAAUGCCUUAACCCGAAAGCAUUGGGUGAUUCUUUCUUUCUUCUUCAAGGCUGAGAUGUACCAUGUCACACCAAUGUCAAGUUUCGAGAUCUUUGCAUUUUGUACAUCGGAAGGAUUCUUGUAUCAUCAGUUUGAUAAAAGAUACAUAGAGCUAAAGCAGACGUCGAAACAUUGCAAAACCAGAA